GUCUUAGACGACAAAAGUGCUUCGGAAGCUGCUACCAAGUUUAUGGCCCAGGAGUCUGAUUUGAGGAAACAACUCAGUUUUAAAAGACAACGCAUCAACUCCUAUCUCAACUACGCCACUAUUUUUCUUGUCCUGAUCGUCACAAUCAUCAACAUGUUGAUCGCCAGCUUUGGAAUCCGACUAAAGGAUCCGCCACCAGCAUCGACAGACCCCGCUAGUACCUCAAUGGAAAUCCUUAACAACAGUCUUCUUCGUCCGCCUUUCUAUCCCCCAAAUGAAUCAUAG